AUGAAUGCAGUCAUACUUAUCAUAACGUCUUACAUAUUGAGGUUUGCUCGUGUUGGGUCGAUUAUUUUAGCUCUUCAUGAUGCUAGUGACGUGUUUCUUGAAGUAGGGAAGAUGUCGAAAUACAGUGGAGUGGAAGUGCUUGCAAUGUUUUCAUUCCUUUUGUUCGUAUUGUCAUGGGUGGUGCUUCGUCUUAUUUAUUUCCCUUGUUGGAUUCUAUGGAGUACAAGUUUUGAGAUUCUUGAAGCCUUGGAAAACUUUAAGGGUAAUGAAGAAGGACUAUAUUACUAUUAUUUGUUUAACACUCUACUUUUUUGCUUGUUUGUUCUUCAUAUAUAUUGGUGGGUGUUAAUUUAUCGGUCGCUCCUUAAGCAAAUACAAGAUAGAGGCAGAGUUACUGAAGACAUUCGUUCUGGUAAGUUACUUUAA